GCUCACAGUCUCCUCUGCUGUGACCUGUGCUGCAGCCGUGAGGUGAGGUGCACCAGGACGUCCUCUGACAGGAUGGUGUCCCCGUCUCCUAUAGUGGCUCUGCCACAGAGCUCAGAGACUCAGCCGAGCAGAACAGUGCACAGCGCAGCAUCAGUGAUGUCAGAGCGCUAAUCUCUCUGGGAGGAUUGGCGGAUGGACGCUUGUGUGAAGCAUUUGAUGCUGCCGGGGAUGCGAGGCGUCGGAGGCAGGAGCUGGGGCUGUGCUACUCCCUAACGCUAAUGCGGCGAAGCUUUCAGGGAAGCCAGGCUGCUUCCGUGUUCCAGCAUGGGAAGAGCAGCCGAUGAAAGCAGCUGAGAAGAGGUGUUGGACUGCAUUUUCUUUCGUGUACCACAAGCCCACUGACACUGUCUCUGGCCUUGGGGUUUGGUUUUCUAUCUGAUCAUCGCUGCAAGAGCAAGGCGAGUUAAAGGGCAUCCCCUCUCUGACCUCACCAUGCUCUCAGUGGAUCUCAGUAAAGGAUUUGUUUACCAGAGGACCGAUGAGGAGGCGGUGCUGGACCGAGGAGGCACUCGCUCCAUGCUCAACACCAACUUUGAGAAGGAGGAACUUGAAGGUCACCGCACUCUCUACAUCGGAGUCCAUGUUCCCCUCGGCCGGAGAGCACACCGGCGUCACCGCCACCAUGGACACAGGCACAGGAAGAGGUCUAAGGAGAGGGACUCCACGACUGAUGACGGACGAGAAUCGCCUUCACAUGCAGAUACACCGGCUCAGAGGGUGCAGUUUCUGCUUGGUACAGAGGACGGCGAUGAGGAGCACAUCCCCCACGCCUUGUUUACCGAGAUGGACGAAAUCUGCCAGAAGGAGGGUGAAGACGCCGAUUGGAGAGAGACAGCUAGGUGGCUAAAAUUUGAGGAGGAUGUUGAAGAUGGAGGCGAGAGGUGGAGUAAGCCCUACGUGGCCACCUUGUCUCUACACAGUCUGUUUGAGCUUCGCAGCUGCAUCAUGAAUGGGAUUGUGAUGCUGGACAUGAGGGCCAACUCGCUAGAGGAGAUCGCAGAUAUGGUUCUGGAUCAGCACGAGGCGGCCGGGUCCGUUGAAGAGGAUGCCAGGAAAAAAAUCCGUGAAGCUCUUCUCAAACAGCACCACCACCAAAACCAGAAGAAGCUGGCCAACCGCAUCCCCAUUGUACGCUCGUUCGCCGACAUCGGGAAGAAGCAGUCAGAGCCUUAUUCCAUGGACAAGAAUGGACAAACAGUCUCACCUCAGUCCCAGCCAUCCAACAAUGAGAACAAACAAGACGUCAGCCGGGAGAACAGCGCUGUGGACUUCAGCAAGAUUGACCUCCACUUCAUGAAGAAGAUCCCCCCUGGUGCAGAGGCUUCCAACGUUCUGGUAGGAGAAGUGGAUUUUCUAGAGCGCCCUGUGGUGGCCUUCGUCCGCCUGUCUCCUGCUGUGCUUCUGAACGGUCUGACGGAGGUUCCCAUCACCACCAGGUUCUUGUUCAUCCUUUUGGGGCCGUUGGGAAAAGGUCCUCAGUAUCACGAGAUUGGCCGAUCGAUAGCUACGCUGAUGACGGACGAGAUUUUCCAUGAUGUAGCCUACAAGGCCAAAGACCGGAAUGACCUGGUGGCAGGAAUCGACGAGUUCUUGGAUCAGGUGACGGUGUUACCCCCAGGAGAGUGGGACCCCUCCAUCAGAAUAGAACCUCCUAAAAAUGUUCCCUCUCAGGAAAAGCGUAAGAUUCCCCCCGUUCCCAACGGAGUGACGGAUCUUGGCGAACCUGAGGAACAUGGUCACGGUGGCCCUGAGCUCCAGCGGACUGGGAAGUUCUGUGGCGGUCUCAUCCUGGACAUCAAGCGAAAGGCUCCUCACUACCUUUCUGACUACACAGACGCCAUCAGUCUCCAGUGUCUGGCCUCCUUUCUCUUCCUCUACUGCGCCUGCAUGUCACCUGUUAUUACCUUUGGAGGACUUUUGGGUGAAGCCACAGAGGGACGUGUGAGUGCUAUUGAGUCCCUGUUUGGGGCUUCCAUGACUGGGAUAGCCUACUCCCUUUUCGCCGGACAGCCUCUCACCAUCCUGGGAAGCACUGGACCUGUCCUCGUCUUUGAAAAGAUCCUUUUCAAAUUCUGCAAAGAGUACGGUCUCUCCUACCUUUCCCUGAGGACCUGCAUCGGCCUGUGGACAGCCUUCUUCUGUCUGCUGCUGGUGGCCACAGAUGCUAGCUCCCUCGUCUGCUACAUCACACGCUUCACCGAAGAAGCUUUCGCCGCUCUGAUUUGUAUCAUCUUCAUCUACGAGGCCCUGGAGAAGCUGGUCCACCUGGGAGUGCACUACCCCGUCAACAAGAACAACGACCUUCAGAAGCUCACGCAGUACUGGUGUACGUGUGUGGAGCCUAAGGACCCAAGCAAUGAGACACUGCACUACUGGGAGGAGAGGAACAUUACUGCUUCACAGGUCAACUGGACCAUGCUGGAGGUCGAGGACUGUGAGAUGUUACACGGGCACUUUGAGGGGAGCGCCUGUGGUCCUCAUGGGCCCUUCAUUCCAGAUGUCCUCUUCUGGUGCGUGGUCCUCUUCUUCACCACCGUCUUCAUGUCUGCUUUCCUCAAGGAGUUCAAGACAAGCCGAUACUUCCCCACCAAGGUGAGGUCUAUCAUUAGUGACUUUGCGGUUUUCAUCACCAUCCUGACUAUGGUGUUGAUAGAUUACGCCUUGGGGAUCCCCUCGCCUAAGUUAAAGGUCCCUGACAAGUUCAAACCAACUAGAGAUGACCGUGGCUGGUUGAUCAACCCGGUUGGACCCAACCCAUGGUGGACCACCAUCAUCACCGCCAUCCCUGCUCUGCUCUGCACCAUCCUCAUCUUCAUGGACCAGCAGAUCACAGCUGUUAUUAUAAACAGGAAGGAGCACAAGCUGAAGAAAGGCUGUGGUUACCAUCUGGACCUGUUCGUGGUGGGGGUGAUGCUGGGUGUGUGCUCCGUGAUGGGCCUGCCGUGGUUCGUGGCAGCCACCGUGCUCUCCAUCUCCCACGUGAACAGCCUGAAGCUGGAGUCGGAGUGCUCGGCUCCGGGAGAGCAGCCCAAGUUUCUGGGGAUCCGCGAGCAGCGCUUCACCGGACUCAUGAUCUUCACCCUCAUGGGCUGCUCUGUCUUCAUGACCUCUGUGCUGAAGUUCAUUCCCAUGCCUGUGCUGUACGGGGUCUUCUUGUACAUGGGUGCAUCCUCGCUCAGAGGCAUUCAGUUCUUCGACCGCCUGAAGCUGUUUGGGAUGCCGGCCAAACACCAACCGGACUUCAUCUACCUCCGUCAUGUUCCGCUGAGGAAGGUCCACCUCUUCACCAUCAUCCAGCUCAGCUGUUUGGUCCUGCUCUGGGUCAUCAAGACCUCCCGGGCUGCCAUUGUUUUCCCCAUGAUGGUCCUGGCUCUUGUGUUCAUCCGGAAGUUGCUGGAUCUGAUUUUCUCCAAGAGAGAGCUGAGCUGGCUGGAUGAUCUGAUGCCAGAGUGGAAAAAGAAGAAGCUGGAGGAUGCUGAGAUUAAUAAAGACGAGAACAGCAUGAUAGCAGAGGAGGAGGGGAUUGUACAAGUACCGCUAGAGGGCCAUUACAGGAGUGAUCCUGCCACGGUGAACAUCACUGAUGAGAUGUCCAAAGGCUCCUUCGGAAGUCUGUGGAAAGGUGUUAGCCCACCUGAAAGCGCCAAGAUGGAACCGAGCUCCAAAAGCGGCACCAGAGGAAGCGAGAAGCGACACAAGCGGCGGAGGCAUGAGAAGAGUCUGGACAGGGAGACAAGUUUGUGAUGAGGACGAUUCCACUGUGCUGUCAGUCCGUAAAUACAAAAACAGAUGUACCGUGCCACACUCAAUCACCUUGUACUGUGCUACACUGUGUUUUUUGUCAUGUAAGUCCGUGUGCAAAGAAACAUUUGUUAGAAACCAUAAUGAAAAAGAAUAAAACAAGUUAUUUCUACAUAACUGUACCAGCAACAGAUUGAAGCCAGAAUGACGUGACUCCUUCAGUAUUCGGUUAGGCAAAUUACAGAUUUUUAAAUCUUUUUUCAUUUGUAUUUUGUAUGUUUUUAUAUUUUACCUGCGAGUUGUCGUUUUAACAACCUUCCACCGUGAACGCCGUUCAUGUGGAGCAUUCAAUGCUGCUGAAUUUCGCACCUUAGGAUUAAAAACUGAUUAGACUUUUUUGCCAGUACUAAUUAAACCCACUGGUACAUUUAAGCGCUAACUGUUAAGAGAAACGAGUGAUUUUCUGAAAGUAAUAAAUCUGCAUUUUAUAUAUAAAAAUGUAAGUCUAAAUGUCUUUGCGUCACUAAAGUGUUCCCAUUGUUGCACAUGAAUGUUUCUCCUCAGUUUAACCUGAAAAAUGUCCAUUUUAGCUUUGUUACUGGUUAGCAUGAAGCUAACGCUAGCAGGAAGCUAGCUUAGCUAAGCACAACAAGCAACAGGCUCUUAAAGAGAAAGCUAAUUAGCACUUUAUUUGUUUAAUGUUAUUCCAGAGAUUCUAAAAGAAAUUAUGUGAGUUUGAACCAAAUUUAACCCAAAAUUAGCCUUGGCUGAUGUUAGCUUCCAGUGAAGCGGUUUCUCCUAAAAGUAACAAAGUGAAUGAGCAUAUUUUUAAUUUAUUUAGCAGUAUUUUUCAGAGGCAGCUUCAGUGACAAUUGCAUGGCAGCAUCAUUUGGUAGUAUUAGCAAGCUACCAUUAGCUUCUUUUUGAAAUGACGGAGAGGAAACCCCAACCUUUCUGGAUGAUUGUACAAACGGCUUAAUGUUUCCCACCCGUGUGCUUCAUCCAUGGACGUGUGGUCUCCUCUCCCUUCACGUGUUAGCAACUGAAGCUAAUUGUUUUUGUUUAAAAACGCUCCUGCAUGAUGGUGAAACCGUCUGGCUGCAGGACCACAGUUAGAGAUGCAAUAAUUCCUUUGUCUUUUCUUUUUGGUAAGGGCAACAUGUAAUAAAUGGUGACGAGUCUUAACAAUGUAUAAAACAUAGUAUAUUUUAUUCAUGUAAAAUGUUACUAAUAUAUUACUAAGUGUUGAAUUCAGAGUUUUGUUGUGACGUUUUCCCCAAUGUCUAUUUGAUGGUUCUUAGGAGAUUAGAGAAACCAGUCAUGGGUCAGAAUUAUAUCAGUAUCAGACAUUUUGACCACUUUUGUGUGGAAAUCAGCCUUAAAUUUGGUAGUAAUAGAUGGACAUUUUCUGUUUAAUCAUUUAAGUCCACUGUAUAAGUUCAGUUAUGCAACUGUUUUCUGUUUCAUGAGGACAAGAGAAAGAGUGCGAGAGAGCCUAAAUAAAGAUAUAAAAAUCUGACAUGAA